UGCUCUGCCUCCCUCAAGAAAACAUGACUGCAAAGAAUUCAGGAGGUUCUUCAUACCUUUCUCUUUGAUUGUAUUUAGUUUUGUGGUCACAAUGAGGAUGAAGUUGAAGCUGAAGACGGUGUUCGUCAUGUAUUUUAUGGUUUCACUAAUAGGUCUCGUCUAUGCACUGAUGCAGCUAGGUGGGCGCUGCGACUGUGCAGAUCAUGACCGACCCAAAGACCAAACCAUCUCUCAUUUGCACGGGGAGCUGAACAGGUUACAGGAACAGCUGAAAAAGGCUAUGGCCCCCAAAGCCCCCAAGAAGUCCAAUCUGCCCACCAUCUAUGUUGUUACACCCACUUAUGCUAGGUUAGUGCAGAAAGCGGAGCUCACUCGUUUGGCUCAGACGUUCCUUCAUGUUCCUCAGCUCCACUGGGUGCUGGUUGAAGACUCAGCCCACCCGACGUCUCUGGUCAGGGACUUCCUGGCAGCCUCUGGUCUGACCUACACCCACCUCCACAUCCUAACACCUAAAGACAAGAAGCUCCAGGAGGGGGACCCCAGCUGGCUCAAACCCCGGGGGGCAGAGCAGAGGAACGAGGGGCUUCGCUGGCUCAGGGAAAUGGGCGUGGCCGCCGGGGAAAAGAGCCCGGCCGUGGAGAACGCCGUGGUUUAUUUUGCCGACGAUGACAACACCUACAGCUUACAGCUUUUUGAGGAGAUGAGGUACACUCAGCGUGUGUCUGUGUGGCCAGUGGGUUUAGUGGGAGGGAUGCGUUUUGAGCGGCCGGUGGUGGAGGGGGGAAAGGUGGUCCGAUUCCACACCGGCUGGCGCCCGAGCCGCCCUUUCCCCAUCGACAUGGCAGGCUUUGCCGUCUCCCUGCGCCUGGUGCUGGCUAAUCCAGACGCGCGGUUUGACGGCGAGGCGCAGAUGGGCUACCUAGAGAGCAGCUUCUUGCAGAACCUGGUUACUAUGGAGGAGCUAGAGCCUAAAGCAGACAUGUGCACCAAGGUGUUGGUGUGGCACACUCGCACCGAGAAGCCAAAGAUGAAAAGGGAGGAAGCUCUGCAAAAACAGGGUCUGGGCUCAGAUCCAGCUGUGGAAGUGUAA